AUGUGGGAUGUUGAUCCAGAGACUAAGGCCAAGGCCUCCCCUAAGUUCGGUACCUUCAUCUGCCUGAACUGCGCCGGCACUCACCGCGGCCUCGGCGUGCACAUCUCCUUCGUCCGCUCCAUUACCAUGGACGCCUUCAAGGUCUCGGAACUUCAGCGCAUGGAGCAGGGGGGAAACGACACUUGGAAGUCCUUCUUCGAUGCCCACCCCAUCACACAAUCCGAGGGUCGCACCUUCGAGGACUCGACCAUCAAAGAGCGCUACGAGGGUGACGUCGGCGAGGAAUACAAGGAGCGGCUCUCCGCCAAGGUCGAAGGCCGCGAAUACGUCCCCGGUCAGACGAUGAAGAAGUCUAAACCUCCCGUCGCAGACAACCAACCCUCGCGAUCAAGCACCCCCCUCAUGAACUCGCGCGGUGGCCGCGGCUCGCCCGCCUCCCACGAUGGCUUCGGCGGCGUCGACGGCGGCCGCAAGGAACGCAACGAAGCCUACUUUGCACGUCUAGGGUCCGAAAAUGCCACCCGCUCCGACUCCGUCCCGCCGUCUCAGGGUGGAAAAUUCACUGGCUUCGGCGGCGGAAUGCCCGUCUCAUCGCCGUCUUCGCAGUCUUCGGCCGGCGGCCCCAUCCCCGGUUUCGAUGACUUCCAGAAGGACCCCAUGGCCGCAUUGACCAAGGGCUUUGGAUGGUUCACCACGGCGGUCGGGAAGAGCGCCAAGACUGUGAACGAUAGUUAUAUUCAGCCCACGGCGAAAGACGCCCAAGCCCGCCUCCAUGCCGCACAACUAGGCCAAAACCUCCAGGUCGGCGCCCGCGGUGCCGCCGACUCCUUUAACCGGUUUGUCGAGGGCCCCGAUGACGCGGGUGGCAGCGGGGCGCGCCGUCGCCAGGACCCCGAGCGAAAGGACUUCUGGGAUGACUUCUCAUCUCUCGGGGGACAGGAAUCGCACCGUCGUAAUACGUCCCGGUCGAGUGCAGUCGGUACGACGGCCAUGAAGCCGGGUCCGACGUCUUCGCCUGCGACGGGUGGCGGGAGCGCCGCCGGCGGCGCGUCGGGAGGCUCUGCGGCCACGGGGAAGGGACAGGAUGAAUGGGAUGAUAAUUGGUGA